AUGGGUUUGUACUUCGAGGAGUUGCCCCUACUGACCCGCUGCGCCUUUGACGAGGUGGUCUCAGCCGCCUCCACGGGCGGCGGGGUGCCCCCGGGAUGCUACGGAUCCUUCGGUGCUUGGAUGGGAAAACUGGCUGAUGAAAAACACGAGAAGCAGCUGAUUUCCAAGCUACUCCCCCUACUUGGAGGAGGCUCCAUGGUGUCGAAGCUCGACGCCGGCGGAGCUGAAGUCCUAGACGUGGGCUGUGGCGAAGGAACAGCGGCGUGCUUGAUUGCCGAACGCUUCCCGAAGGUUCAGGUGCUGGACGCCUUUGAACCUUCGAUCCAAGGGGCUCAGCGGCGCGCCAACGAGCGACAGCUGCGAAACGUUCACUUCUUGCGUGGCGAUGCCUCUGCCUUUGCACGGCCGGAGUUGAUGAAUCGCUUCGAUUUGGUCACCAGCUUUGAUGUGAUCCACGACCUCACCAGGCCCGACGCCACGCUGCAAGAGAUCCGGAAGGUCCUGAAG